AUGACCGAGGAAAAGCAUGAGGAAAGUCCUGUCCCACCCCUUGAAAAUUUGCAAAAAAGAGUUUUCACACCGGAAGAAAAGCAUAGUCUUCUUUUUAAUGCAUCCAAGCAUGUUCUGAAGAAGCUCGAUCUUCGUUUCAAUGUAUCUCGUGACGUCCUAAAGGAGUUUGAUCUCCAGGAAGGCCUGUCUUCCAUUGGGUUAACCAUUCAAGAGAUCGAAGACGACUCCUUUUUGGGCGAUGUUGAACGGGUACGUGAAUUCUAUAUCGACAACGCAAGAAAUACAGAGAAAGAGGGUAGAUUCAAGAUCCCGCUUGAAUUCCUGACAAUGCUGGAUGUAGCAGCAAGGGAAGUAGCAUACUGGAAGGGCGAUUUCCAAUGCGCACUCGAUAUGCUAGAUACUAGCUAUGACAUAUUCUCUAACUCUUGGUCUGAUGUUACCGUAGAGGACACAAACAAAGAUGAGGAAUGUGUUUCCAAAGAUGAGGAACGCGCUAACACAGGGUAUCUGCGUGCAUGUCUUUUGAUUGGACUGCACAAAUUUGACUUGGCACAUGAGGAAAUAAAGAGAGCGAUACAGCAAUACCUGGAUCAAAGGGUUGAGUUCCGCUCUGAGGUACGGUACAAGGGGCGGGAAUGGCUCUUCCGUGGUUGCAUGGCGCAAGCGCUGGAUGGCAAGGGUUGCCACCAGGAAGCCGAAGGAUACUAUCGCGACGCGCUUAGACUCAGGCCACCCUACAUUGUGUACAACAAGUACGAAGUGGACCUGGGAAAUUGCAUGCUUUUGCAAGGAAAGACAAAGGAGGCGAAAGCACACCUUGCAAAAUUUCUCCUGGAACUGGAAGGAGCACCUUUUGAUCAUACAAAAGACUAUCGCACUGGCCUUACCCUUUACUGGCUAGGCAAUGCAUACCUUGGCGAUGGUGACGACGGCGAAACGGCGUUCAAUUUCCACAAGCAGGCUUUUAAGUGCUUAAGGGCGUCCCUGGGUGAAAAAGACCCCAUAUUUGGAAUGGCAAGCUACAAAGUGGGUUUGCAUUAUUACAACCACGCCAGAAAUAAUCCUUCUGGUAUAGCCGAUCUCAAUGCUGCCCUGCAUUGUUUCGAAACAGCAGAGGAGGCAUUCUGCUCAGGGCAUAAAAAUGCGUAUCAGCAGGCCGACUGUGCCCGCAUUUUGUACGACCUUACAAGCAGUCGCUUGCAACUGUGGGACGAAACAAAAACGGUUGAAAGAAGUGGGACAGCCCUUUGA